GGCGGCGGAAGCGUCAAAACAGCUGCGCUGAGGAGGCAGGGAGGUGAGGGCGGUGCAGCACUGGUCACAGCAUCACCAUGGACCGCUCCAGCCGGCGGCUACCUGCCACCCACCUGUAGCAUCAAGCGGCAACAUGGCGAACACGGCACACGGUACCCAGGACCGGAGAGACAGCCGCUGUGGUGUGUCUGGAGAAGCCAUAGUGGAGAAUGGCUGUGUAAUAACCGACCCGCCUGCUUCUGACCUCCACGAUCAUACCAACCACCACUGCCAUGAACCCAGCAUAACCCCGCACAGCGAGCCAGUCCUGUCCAGUUACAAUCCAUCCUGCUCCUCUACCCCUAUCUACUAUUGCAGCCCCCAGAAAAGCUACUCGGACCUGAACCAGGACAGCCACAGCUUGACUUCCCAGGACUCAGGUAUCCCGACUCUGGAGAUCAACCCUCCAGAGCCCAUCCACCACAGCCACCAACGCUCAGGUGAGGGAGGCCUUAUCCCGGACUCCAGUGACCACUCUCCCGCCACUUUAACUUUGGAUGAUGAUCCCUCUGAUGGCAGCGGCAUUCGUAAAUCCUCCACCUUCCCCCGCAGCGGGUACGACUCCAUCCGCCUCUUCAGCCCUGGCCUUAGAUUAUCCGCCACCACAGGGAUGGGUCUCGGGGGUGGAGCUUUAAACCGCAGCGAUGAUAUCUCUGUGUGCAGUGUGUCCAGCAUGAGCACUGAGCUGUCGGUUUCCAAUGAAGACAUCUUGGAUUUCACCGUCACCUCUGACUCCAGCGCCAUUGUUACCUUAGAGACAGAUGACAGCAGUGUAGGUCAUUUCUCAGAUGUGACGCUGUCAUCAUCACCGGGAAACCCCGGAGACUUAUGGAGUCCUGUACGACCUCAUCCAGGGUCUGGGGUCAGGCAACAGGAGGAGGAUGGCAGGCAAAAGAAACUGGGACCUCUAGCAAGCUUAUUCAACAGGAGCCUGUUUGCCCGGAGAGUGAAGGACAGUCGGCCAGUGGAGCAGAGGGAUCCAGGGUGGAAGCUGUUUGGGAAAGUCCCACCCCGGGAAGCCCCAAUUAAGGACCCAAAGAGAAUACAAAAGGAAUAUGAAACAAAGAGUGGCAGAGCUGGACCUGGCAACCCGACAUCUCCCAGGCAGGGUGUGAGGAAAAACCUGGACUUUGAGCCCCUCUCCACCACCGCACUUAUACUGGAGGACAGACCUGCUAACCUGCCUGCCAAGCCAGCCGAGGAGGCCCAGAAACACAGACAGCAGUAUGAAGAGAUGGUGGCCCAGGCCAAGAAGAGAGAGUUGAAGGAGGCUCAGAAGAGAAAGAAGCAGCUGGAGGAUCGGUGUAAGCUCGAGGAGAGCAUUGGCACAGCCGCCCAGAUCUGGAACCAGGAGAUCUUACCCAACUGGAGCACAAUGUGUACGUCUCGACGAGUGAGAGACCUCUGGUGGCAGGGCAUCCCCCCCAGUGUAAGAGGCAAAGUGUGGAGCCUGGCUGUGGGCAACGAUCUCAACAUCACACAUGAGCUGUAUAACAUUUGUUUGGCCCGGGCAAAAGAAAAGUGGAGGAACACGGCAGCACCUUCCAUAGAGACCGAAACUGAAGAUGCUGGUUCAUCAGAUCGGGAGUCGAGCCUGGAGCUGAUCAAGCUGGACAUCUCAAGAACCUUCCCCCAACUAUGUAUCUUCCAGCAGGGUGGGCCAUAUCAUGAUGUGCUGCACAGCAUUCUGGGAGCAUACACUUGUUACCGGCCAGACGUUGGCUACGUGCAGGGAAUGUCGUUCAUCGCAGCAGUGCUGAUCCUGAACCUUGACACAGCUGACGCCUUUAUAGCUUUUGCCAACCUGCUCAACAAGCCCUGUCAGAUGGCCUUCUUCAGAGUCGACCACAGCCUUAUGUUGACUUACUUUGCGGCAUUUGAAGUGUUCUUUGAAGAAAAUCUACCAAAGCUCUUUGCACAUUUCCAGAAAAAUAACUUGACCCCAGAUAUUUAUUUAAUCGACUGGAUCUUCACUCUGUACAGCAAGUCUCUGCCGUUGGACCUGGCGUGUCGGGUGUGGGAUGUGUUCUGCAGAGACAAUGAGGAGUUCCUGUUCCGCACGGCACUGGGCCUGCUGCGUCUCUACCAGGACGUCCUGACCAGCAUGGACUUCAUCCACAUGGCUCAGUUCCUCACCCGCCUGCCUGACCUCAUCCCCGCCGAGCAGCUCUUCCAGCACAUCGCUGCUGUCCACAUGACCAGCCGCAACAGGAAGUGGGCGCAGGUCUUGCAGGCGUUACAGAAAGAUCAGGAGCGAGGCAGCCCAGUGCUGAAGCGCUAGAGGAAAAACCAUCACCAGACUCGACCAGUUCCCCUCCAGCCCUCGGGAAACUGGACUCUCAGCCGGCCCGGAUGGACCUGAGAAAACUUCAAUGGGACUUAUCUGGUUGUAGCUGCUGUGAUAAACCUCAUCCCCAGAGCCGUCUCACUGCUCUAACUGGAACCAGGAACCAGGACCCUGGAGGGGAGGGGAGGGUCUGUCAGCAACGCGGGUAGGGUGUGAAAAGGAAUACGAGGCCUUAUUUAUCUCUCACCUGUGCUCAGAGGCCCAGCAGUGGACUGCAAAGUGUAGCUGGCAGAGGCUGAAGAAUGUAUCACACACACACUCCCACGUACACCAGGCUGAUUCAGGUCUCCACAGAGCAGAGGGCAUCACAGAGAUACUACUUACUACUACGCCCACUUAGAUUUGAAUUCUCUGCUGCUCUUUCCAGCAACACUUAUUUGUGUCUUUUCUUUAAAUGUGGCUUUUUAUGACAAAAACAAAAGUCAAAGUGUGACUCCCUAAUCUCUAAAAGAUUUGGUCAUGGAAAGAAAUACUGUAGUCCCUGAAGUGGCAUCACCAGAGUCAGAUCUGUGGGUGUGAAAUAUGUUAAGUGGAGCCUCAGCUUGUGUCUUUCCAUCUCUUUGUCUCUGCACCUUUUUUUCCCUCAAAACUUUAGUCAUUCCUUCAGUUUGAUUUUGUCCUGUGUGCUUUACAUUUGUGUAUUUUCCAGGUAGUCACUGAACCAUUCCAUGAAGUCAACUCUCAAUUUUGAGUUAAAAUCAUUGAUAUGCAUGUAACCUUCAUGCUGAAGACAUAUUAGGUGUCUCUGAGAGCACCACAUUGUUACAUUUGUUUUAACCCUCUAAAAACAGGUCAUAAGCUGCCUGUAAAACACGUUUUACAGUGUAUUUAUGUCAGUGAAACUGGAGUUGAUAUCGAAGAAUGUUGCUGUUAGACACACACAACAUGCAGUGUCACAUAUGGAUGUCCCCUACCCUUAAAGGAACGGUUCACCCCCAAAUCGAAAGCACACAUUUUCCCUCUUUCCUGUAGUGCUGUUUGUGAGUCUAGAUUGUUUUGGUGUGAGUUGCUGAGUGUAGCAGAUAUGGGCUGUAGAGAUGUCUGCCUUCUCCGAAAUAUGAUGUAACUAGAUAACACUGGUGCUCAAAAUGCAAAAAAAUAUAAAUUUAAAAACUCAACAUCAAUGUCUCUUUCCAGAAAGCAUGACCUGGGUACUCUUUUCUCUCUUUUCUUUUCUUUCUACCAAACUACACCUGUCAACCGUAUCACUGUGCAGAAGGAAACAUGCAUCUACUGCUAGCUCACCUAGCACAACUGAGCUAGCUAACGUCACAGCUCAGCUGAGGAGAAUGGCAAUAAUGUUUAAGGCCUAUUAAUACUCCCUUUGUGUACGAAAAUAGAUCCAUUCAUUUCACGUCGUAAACGUUACUGCCCACAUACUUCCAUGCAUCCUUAAUGUUGGCUUAGAUACUUUCACUAGAUGGCACUAAAGGGCGGAGUCCAAAGUUUCAGACAACAACAAAGAGGGUGAUGGUGGAGGAGGUCGUAAUGAUGUACCUUGUAAUGGAAAGUGAAAAAAGUUUUACUGUAUUACUCUUUUGUUCCAUUCUGCCAUUUUUAAAAUGCCUUUGUCUUGCCCCAUGGUCAUACCUCGCUUGAACUAUGUGAUACCACCCCCACAGUUUCCAGUGGUACUGCUUCGUCUUGUUUGUAUUAUACACUUUCAAGAAACAUGCACAGAUACCGACGAAUUGAACGCAGAGUAUGGAGAGAAUGCGCAAUCCAUGUCUGUAUACAUACUAACAUUAUGUUGCACUGUCACAAGCAUGAGCCUACUGUCUAUGAGUAGAUGCACACUUCCUUCUGCGCAGCAAUACUAUUGGUGGGUGUAGUUUGGUAAAAAGAAAAGAGUUCCGACAUGCUACUGCUCACAACUAGGUCUGUGAAUUAUCUUAAUUGACUGGCUCAUGAUUUCUGUUGAGUUUUUCAAAUGUGUUUUUGGCACUUUGAGCACCACAAACCAGGUGUCAUCUAGCUCCUUUGUGUUGGAAAGAAGGCAGACAUCACUACGGCCGACAUCUCUGACACUCAGCAACUCACACCAAAACGAUCUAGAUUGAUAAAUAGUGCUACAGGUAAAAGGAAAAAUGUGUAUUUUUGAUUUUGGGGUGGACUGUCCCUUUACUGUUUGAGGUACAUUUCAGCUUGUUAGUGUUUGGAUUCCCGAUGUCUUGGUGUGAGUGUAAUGUCUUUAAAUUUUGUAUUUAUUAAAUAUUUAUCAAAAGGACAUAAACAGGACUUGUUCUGGUCAAAUGAAGGGUUGCUGCUGAGCCUCUCACCACCCACACACAUACUUAAUUUAACAACACUGAGUGCACUGUAUGCUAAUGAAAGGCAGCCCUACACAGAGUACUCAACAUAUGCACACAAGUGUGUGUGUGUGUGGUUAAAAGCAAGUGUAUACGGUACUGUAGGCGCUGUAAUCUAAGGGCCCUGACACAGCAUCUUAACCACCAGCUGUCAGUAACUGUGCACCUUUGUUGAGUAGGUGUGGCCGAUAGUGACCUGUAGCUUGUGUGACAUAUCUGUCCUUUAACAGAAUCUGUCUGUCUAGUUGUUCAGCUUUGCAGAUAACUGAUUUCACCCAUCAGUGCAGUUUGUCAUCAUGUUCGUCUGCUUUUAACUAAGGCUAAAGAGACUGUUUCACAGGUUCACAAAGGCAUUUGAAUAGGCGGCCAGUUUGUUUUGAACUGCACAUUCUUAUUUCCUGUCACAUAGACCAUGUGUUUAUCAGUGGUCACCUGGCCCCGCACAUGAAACUAUGUCAUCAGUUAAGCUUUGUGCCCGCAAUCAUUGUGUAAAGGCCCUGACGCUGUUGUUCACACUGUGGUUGAUGUGUCACUUCAUCCUGACCAGCAGUGGGUGGGGACAAUAUUUGCAUCAUUGUUGGUUGAGGUUUUAUUACCAGCGUUGUUUUGAGUUCACAGUUAAGGCUGGAGGUUUAUAGACCUUCAUUUAUUUUCUUGGAUAAUCAGACAAGAAAGCGAAGUACCAUCUUACUAAUGAUCCCAUACUGGAAUGUUAGAUAUCUUUUUUUUUUGUGAAUUGCCCAUUUUGCAUAGACCUGUUAAUCAAAUGAAACAAAAGUUGAGAAGUGCACAUAUCUCAUGGGCUGUUAGUAAAGAAUUAUUAGAUGUUUGCAGCCAACAACCUUGAAUCUGAAGAAGCUGCUGGUGGCAUUUCUAACACAGUAACGGUGUUAUUGGUGGGGAAGCUGUUUCAUCUGAUGUGCUGUGCAUCUGAUUUAAUGUACGAGAGUUUAGCUACUUUUGUACACUGUACUAUUGGUGAUACCAAUUUUUUUCUUAAAGUGAAACGUCCGUGUUUUUCAAAUUAGACCCUGUUUUCCCAUGUUUUUAUGUCUAAAUAACAAAUGGAGACAACAAUUUUUUUAAUUAGUCCAGUAUAAAGCAAGUCCGCUGCAGCCACAAUGGCAAAACAGGCUGCAUUGUAAUCCCUAUGGGCAAUUGUGUACUGUCAGUUCGCAUCCUUGCUUGUUUUUGCCACUGACAGGCUCCGAUUGUUAUUAUGAAUGUCUGACACAUUACAGAAAGGAUCCAUACAGAGACAUGAGACGUCUUUCCUUACCUUCCUCUUGUCUGUUUGUUAUUGUUACCAAGUCUCGCUCAAGGAGAAGUCUCUUUCAAAAAUCUUCUUUUUGAUUUCUCUGUCGGGAUCCUUUCUGUAAUGUUGUCAGACACUCAUGAUAACAAUCUGAGCCUGUCAGUGGCAAAAACAAGCACUUUUAAUGGAUGUAUACUGACCAUAGGGAUUACAAUGCAGCCUGUUUUGCGUCUCUCUUAAUACUAGUCAAAUUUCAAAAAUAGUUGCCUCUAGCAGUCACUUAGACACAAAAAUGUGGGAAAAUAGGUUCCAGGUUAAAAAAUACUGAAUUUUCCCUUUAAAUGCCCGGACCACAGCUGAGGUAUGACACACUUUAAAAACAGGAAGCGCCUUUCAUUUAUAAAUCAUCCUCUAAGGUUGGCUCAUGCCCGCUAACUGGUACACUAUUUGUGUUUCAGUGUGUGCAACAGCUCAGCACCAUGCAGCACGCUUUCUGAUCACUCAUCUCGAUGCACUCCCCCCCACCCCCAAUUCCCCCAGUGUGGUGACACACCGCAGGACUGCAAUAAAGCUUUUUGCACAUAUAUGUACGCCUUUGAGUUGUGCCUCGCAUCAUCACUUCAUGUGAUCGCUCGCAGGUUUAAACGGGUUUUCCAUCAUUGACUUUUUUUUGUGCUCAAGUAGUGAUGAUGCAAGUUGAAGUGUGUGUGUCUGUUUGUUUCAUGUGUACUUGUUGUUAAGUGGCAUUUGUAAAAUGUCAGUUACUAGUUAGUUGUUACAUUAAAGGCUGGCCUGUGUAUGAAAUGACCCUUCCAGCUCUAUCGACACUACCUGCCGCCUGCCCCUCUAUCACAAAACACACACUGGCAACACUGUAUGAUCCACAAUGGCCAGAAACAAAAUUCAAACUUUAUUUGAAUAAAAAAGUGUAAUAUGCUGUCAUUUCUUGGGUUUUGUUUGUUUUGGAUUGUCUGAUAUUUUUGUCCCCUCAAGAGACCUGUUGUACUGUAGAGGACGUACAUGGAGACAGCAGAGGGUUACCAUACAACUUUAUCUCACUUGAACUGUAUAUAAACAAUGGUUUUAUUAAAAUAAAGAGCUGUACAUAUUCAGUCA